AUGUCAUAUCCAUUCUGGCAUACCGUACCCUCUCCAGAGGAUCCAAGGCCAUUCAUGAACUUGAGACUCCCACCGAAGCUUUGGCAUGUUCAGCAUGACCAAUCCCAGUCGAUCAAUCUCACGGAAGGUGGUUUCCAAGCUCGGAAUCCCUACCUUGACAUUCGUACCUUCCUUGCGUUGAAGACCGAGGCCACCAGACAUUUCAUCUGGAAAACCCGGGACUGGGAUUCCUGUUUCCUGUCGACCUUUGACGAUCAAAGCCACGCAGAAAACUGGGCUCGAAAAAUGAUGCGUCUGAAGAAGGAGCCCAUCGUUAUUUAUGAGUUGGACACCUCCAAGCUACCACCCGGCAGCACAGUCUUGCAGGCCCCGCCGCUGUGUUUAUUGCUGGGCAUAGAUCACCCUUGGAUGCAGCACGAAUGGCUUUUCCAUCAGCAGAUUCCAGCUAGCUGCAUCGCAAGACGAUACUGCCCGUGGAAAAACUAUGAGCGCAUCUUCCAAUCGCCAUCACAUCUUAUAGGCUUUUCUGAGAUUCUCGCUGGUUCUGAAUGGCAUCCCUUACGCAAUAACGGUGUGCUUAGGCCGCGUAUUCCGGCAAGGACCAAGAAAGACCAGAACGACCUGGACGACCUAAUCGACAGGAUGAACGGGCUAGACCUCAGGAGAGGUGCCGGAACAUCGACUGGCAAUACACCCAGGGCCAUUGGAUCAGUACAUGAGGUCGUAGAUAUCGAACCGACCCACGAUUCGGUCGAAGGCAGUGAUUCAGCGCACGAGAGGGAUGUCGUUUCUGAACCGAUCCCUGACAAACCAAACGACAGUAAUCCAGUAAAGGAAGAGGACAGCGACGCCAGACCGACAGACGAUGCGCCGAAGACCAAUGACGCGGCAACAGACAUCAGUCUUACACCGACCCUCGAUACAUCCAAUGUCACAAAUUCGGUAGAGGAGGUCGUCACGGACACUCUACUGAGCGGCAAAACCGCCGUUGCUGAUGAUGCAGUACAACAAGAAGAGGUCGUCGACCUCAUCCCGAAGGACGACUUAACCAAGGAUGCUCCUACCGCUACCAGUGUCGUGCAAAAUGUGAUUAUGUGGGAGGUCAACAAGGAAGUUCUCAAGGAGGUGCUGGAGGCCAAAUCGGGGUUCUCGUUGACGGUGCAACUCGAAGUCCGGGUUGCAGAUGAGGUUCAAGGUUGA